AUGCUAAAGGUCUCCGGCCUCUUCAUUCUCCUCUGUGGGCUGCUGGCCUCAACCUCUGCUCAAGAGGCCCUGUCCAGAGUUUCUUCUCAGAUCACCAAUGCUUUGACACAAGGACUCCUUGGUACGAACAUUCUUUCUGCCCUGCAGACAACUGACUUCCAGGGGUCGCUGAAGAAUGUCUUCACCCUUGCAAGAGGCAACCAGGACAUCCUGGGUGGCCUGCUCACCAACAGAGAUGCCAAUUUAAUGGUACAGAUCAAAGACCUUCGACUCCUUCAGGUCUGCCUUGAGAACUCCCCUAACUUCAAGGGGGUCGAGUUAUGGAUACCAUUGGCAUUUUCCAUACAAAUAAAGUUUCCGGCUCUUAAUCCCUGCAUAUUCCAUGUACGGACAGAUAUGAUAGUCCAGCUUUAUUUGGAGAAGGGUGAAGACAGCAAAUACCAACUUGCCUUUGGGCAUUGCAGGAUUGCACCUGACACUGUAUGGAUCCAAUCCGAAAAUUUCAUCACCCCAAUGAAACCAAUUAUUGUGGAAAACGUAGAAAGAGUCCUGGGAGACCUGAUAAUCAAUAAUUUGGGAGCAAAAACGUGUCCCUUCAUUAAUUUGCAUCUUUAUAAUCUGAAUCCGCAAGUGACUAACGAACUGAUUAGUCUGCUGCUGUAG